UACAACUACAAGAUAAACUCACCAGAUUAAGUAAUUACAUCCCGUAUGGGAAGACUCCGCAAAAUAAAACAAUGAAAAUGAGGUAAAACAGUGGAUUGCCACACGCCGCCACCAUGUCCACAGGCAUAACCUCAGAGAGCUGACAUAAAGCAGAUUUUGUCGGGAGGUGGAAAUGCCAGCCGUGAUCCGGGGUAAAGAGGAUUCGGAGUCCUCGGAAGACGAGCAGGAGGACCACCCUUGUAUUGCCUGGUGUGGCCUCAGGAGGAACAUUCCGGUCUUGGUGUUCCAGGCUGAAGCCAUAGUGUCCAAAGAUGGGAAUAUUCGCUCGAUCGGGGAACGGUAUAACCUUGCUUUCAAGAUCGUCCGGACAGAGAGCCGACUGGUGCGUGGAAUUCUCAGCAAUCACGGGUUCCAUGAGGUCCACCCGAACAGCAACGAUUUCAACCUGAUGUGGACCGGGUCCCACCUCAAGCCAUACGUCCUGCGCAGCCUCCAGGACUUCCAGAAGGUCAACCACUUCCCCAGGUCGUAUGAGCUGACGCGGAAGGACAGGCUGUAUAAAAACAUCCAGAGGAUGCAGCAGGCGCAUGGAUUUAAGAACUUCCACAUCGUCCCACAAACGUUUGUUCUUCCCGCAGAGUAUCAGGAAUUCUGCAGCUCCUUCUCCAAGGACAGGGGCCCAUGGAUCAUUAAGCCAGUCGCGUCCUCGAGAGGCCGAGGGAUCUACCUAGUCAGCAACCCAAACCAAAUCCCAUUGGACGAGAACAUCCUGGUCUCCCGCUACAUCAGCAACCCCUUACUGAUCGAUGAUUUCAAGUUCGAUGUGCGGUUGUACGUGCUGGUGACCUCCUACGAACCUUUAAUUAUCUACCUUUAUGAAGAGGGACUGGCCAGGUUUGCCACAGUGAAGUAUGACCGUGCUGCCAAGAACAUCAAGAACCAGUUUAUGCACCUGACCAACUACAGCGUCAACAAAAAGAGCAACGAUUAUGUCAGCUGCGAUGACCCUGAAGUGGAGGAUUAUGGGAACAAAUGGAGCAUGAGUGCCAUACUGAGGUACUUGAAACAGGAAGGGAAGGACACAACGUCGCUCAUGGGCCAGGUGGAAGACCUGGUCAUCAAGGCGGUGCUGAGCGCCGAGCUGCACAUUGCCACUGCCUGCAAGAUGUUUGUGCCCCACAGGAGCAACUGCUUCGAGCUCUAUGGCUUUGAUGUCCUCAUCGACUCCAACCUCAAACCUUGGCUGCUGGAGGUGAACCUCUCUCCGUCUCUGGCUUGCGACGCACCCCUGGACCUGAAGAUUAAGGCCAGCAUGAUCUCAGAUAUGUUUUCGCUUGUGGGCUUCGUCUGCCAGAACCCUUUGGCGCGCCAGCCCCGACCCGGCCGAGCUGCGCUCGACUCAAGCUCCAGGUACCAGACACAGAGAGCCCAGCGCCCUUCGUCUGUGCAGCCGAGCACCACCAGCACCAGAGGGGCCCCGCGACCCAUGUCAGCCAGCGACGCAGACGCAAACGGGCUGAAGGAGAAACAAGGAGCAAAGCAAGGAGAUAGCACCCUCGGCCUGACCGCAGAGGAGCUGAAGGUUCUGAGGCGGAUAAAAGAGGAGCAUGAGAGACGAGGAGGGUUCAUUCGCAUUUUUCCCACCGCACAGACUUGGGAACUGUACAGUGGAUAUCUGGAAUACAAAACGUCCAUGAACUGCAUGUUAGCUACCAGACUUUUCCCGGAGAGGUUGGGAAAGGCAGCUGCGACCCUGAGGUCACGGAAUGGGCUGAAUGGGGACGUGCUGCUGCAGGUGGACGGCUCCCACUCGGAGGCCCGGCGUCAUGUGAUCCAGUACGAGCGGAAGCUGCUGUCCCUGGAGGCGCGGAGGCGCAGGCGACACCAGCUCGCCGGGCGCGCCGCUCUCGGAAAGAGGAGAGGGGCCAAAGGACACAGCGCCCCCCCUGCGGAGAGCACUGGCGAUGAGGAAAGUGGGGAAGAGGAGGAGGGGGAUGAGGAAGAAGAUGAGGAGGAGCAGGAGGAGGGGAAAACCAUUCCUCUUCCUCCUCCUCCUCCUCCAGAGAAAAAGCCCGCUGAAGUGCAGGCGGAGACUGACGCUCUGCGUGACGGGCUCUGCGGAGGGGCCCAGCAGAGAGCAGCCUCACAUGGGCCUGCCUCCCCACCGCAGCCCAAACCCAAAGUCAACCUCCUCCACAUCCUGCAGCAGGGCUGGGACCUCAGUAAAGUACAGGCACGCAUGGCGUUCUCCUCCUACCUUCAGCGAGUUCAGAUGAGACUGCUGGCAGAGAGCAGGGGAAACAGCAGCUCAGCCUGGCCAGAGAAAGACGAUGACCAAAUGGAGCUGGUGAUCCGCUUUCUGAAGCGAGCGGCCAGCAACCUGCAGCAGGACCUGAGGAUGGUGCUGCCCAGCCGCCGCCUGCCGCUGCCCGACCGGCGCCGCAUCCUCUCCCACCAGCUGGGGGAGUUCCUCCACUGCUACAACAAGGAGACGGAGCAGAUGGUCAAGAAAAUGGAAAAGCUCAAAGAAGAAGAGCACUGCGUCAACCCAGAUGUUUUCCAGGAGUUUGUCGCUGAGGCCAGUGAAAGCGAUCUGGAGGAAGUCCUGACAUUCUACACGCACAAAAACAAGUCGGCCAGCGUCUUCCUGGGGACGGGGUGCAGGAGGGCCAAAACUGACAGCAGCUGUAAAAGCUCGGGUGAACCGGGCGGGUCCCACAGCCAGAGGGCUGUCCCUGCGGCGAAGGAGGAGUCCAGCGCCCCGGAGCCCCCGCCUUGGCCCGUCAGACCCGCUGCGGCCCAGCCCCAGGUCCCCGCCGUGCCCCAGCCCCAGGUCCCCGCCGUGCCCUCCUCCCAGCACUCCUCUGCCUACCCCGUCCCCUUAGACUGCUCCCACAUUUACCUGCAGCACAGCUCGCCCCCGCUCCAGCUCCAGCUCCAGCCCAAACCCCUGCCCCCGGGUCAGCCCACGCCCCCCGCCCUGCCUGUCCCACCGCCCCACACCUCCGCCCCCUCUCUGCUGCCAUGCACGACCUGGGCCACCGCGUGCCCUGGCCCCGUCCCCCUGGCGUCCUCCCAGGCCACCCAGGAGCCCGUGCAGAGAGGGCGGCCCUGCGCCCCGGUGCUGCCCGCCUCCGCGGCCCCGUCCUCCAUCCCGAGCGCGGUGCAGAUCUACAGCCAGAGGCUCACCCGGCCGGUCUCUGCGCGACAGGCAGCCUCCCGAAAGGCCAGCCCCAGUCGGUCCAGGCCUGGUUCAGCAGGGACGUUCAAGGACCUGGAUGCUCUCCUGCCGCAGGGAAGCUCCAACCAGCAAGCCAUCGUUUCUGCCCUCCAGAAGCUAGCGGAGAAGCAGGCCGCCCGCCAGUACUCUACCUCCAGCCACAUCAGCCUCCUCACACAGCAUCUGACCAAUCUUAACUUGGCAAACGGGGCGCUAAGCAGAGGUGGUUUCACCCUGAGCCCGGCAGCUCGGAACGGGAUGGUGCCCCACGGACCGGUCCGAGCGGUUCACGCCGACACCAGUGCCACCAGAGCCCCGCGGGACGAGGACCCGGCGUGGGACAGGGAGGCGCACAGCGUCUACAGCCUGGUGACGGGGGUGGCCCCGCAGCAGCGCUACCACCCCACCGCCGGCAGCUACCAGCUGCAGUUCGCCAUCCAGCAGCUGCAGCAGCAGAAGCUGCAGUCCCGCCAGCUGCUGGAGCAGAGCCGCGCUCGCCACCAGGAAAUCCUGGCAGCGCAGGCCAGCGCACCGGGCCCGCGGCCCCACGGCCCCACCGGCACCCGGGUGUACCAACCUGCCCAGCAGAAGCAGAGCCACGCCCAGGGGGGGCCCGUCCUGGUGCCCAAACCGCCCGCCAGCAACCGGGACCUUUUCAGGAAGACAGCCACCCAGCGCCUCCACAAGCAGAGUUCCUCAGAGGCCCACCCCGGCGGAACGGGACCCAGCGUGCCGCACGUCGUCUACGAGGCUGUGUGCGGGAAAGCAGGGCUCUCUAUGUACAGCAAACUGUUCCAGAGUAACGGCUCCAAGAACAGGUGAGAGAGAAGUGAGAGGGGACCCUUACCUGGAGUAAGAAGCAUCUGGGCUACUGUGUCCCUCCCACUGCAUCUCCAGGGCUGCGAUUAAAAAGGGGGACAGCUACACCUCAUACGCAAAGAGAUGCGUCAUCGUGAACCAACGGAGUGAAGGCAUGCAUGUGAACCCCGCGAAAAACAGUCAUUGUGGCCGUCUCAACUGUAAACCCUCAGAAAAGGGCUCCCUCAACGUGGCAGCAUUUUUUAGGCCUGCUCGUACGCAGAACUUAAUUUUGAGGUUUGCUGCUUUGUCCGUGCUGAAAUUUGCUAUGCAAGAGCUUUUAAGAUUUGGACCAGUACAUUUAGCAAAGAGCAGCUGACAC